CGACAAUGCCAGCCAAGCUUUGGAUAUGAGCACACUCAUCUUGUAUCAACAACCUCAACAUGAACCGUGAAGCUCAGAGCCACUCAGCUGCAACCCAUCUGAAUCCGAGCCCAGUUCAUCCGAUCUCAGCCUCAGGAAUCAUCAGCUCCUGCUUCGGUUCGCCGUUGGUCAUUCCUAACGAGGGCUCGACUGCCCGGGACCAUUUGGGUAGAGACAGGACCUGGAUGCAAUGGAUCAGGUUGAGUACCUUGUUGGUGUUGGUCUCUCUGGCUACCUGUAUCAGUUUUCCGUUCGACUUUGAUGACCAUGAUGAUGAAACUCAGAAGAAUAAUCACCACCAUAGACAACAUUUAAACCCGUUUGCUGUAACUUUUCUUGUGUUAUCGGUCCUCUUGCCCUUGUUGGGUUUUUUUGAAUAUCUUUCUACUCAUCAUGCGAUGUCUAUGAAGAGAGGAUUUGUUCAAACUGGAUUCUUUUCUGGCUUUAUGAUUACGGCGACUUGCCUGGUCUUGAGCCUGUUUACUUUUGUGCUAUUCUUCGAUGGGUUCCUAUCACGUUGAUUAUAUGAUGUAUCACUUUUGGCUUGAAUAUGUAGUCUAGAAUAUCCUUGUUGAGCUGGGCUGCUGUCAUCGCAAUCCCAUUCGCAGUGAUCACUUCUGACGUCACUGGAAUUUGAAAGCUGUGAUCAGAGAACAGUGCUGCCCUUACAUACUGCGGGG